AUGGCUCGACGUCUCGUCGACCCAUUGGCGAAAGUCACCUUCGUCAUGUCUUGUCUUGGCGGACGCGCGAGGAGUUGGGCCUAUGGGCGCCGACUCACUGAUCCUACGUGCUUCAGCACGUACGAGUCCUUCAAGGAGGAGCUCAAACUCGCGUUUGAACCCCCACAGAACGAUUUCCGGUUGGGAGCGGAGUUUCUCGACCUGCAACAUGGUAAGCAUGAUGUACAUGCUUACGCCCAACGGGCUCGGUACUUGGUCUCGAAUGUCGUGACCGACCCGAUGGACGAGGCUCGCGCCGCCGUCUCCGGCCGCAGCGCGUGGAGCGCGCGAGCUGUAACGAUCCAGGAGUCGUUGACAGUAAAAGAGUGUCUGGUCCCUGACCAGACACUUCCAAGAAAUUCUCCGCCGCGUCGAGGUGACAACAGCGUGUCGACACCGGGAGUUGACACGCGCUCGAUAUCAGAAUCGAGAAAGUUCUCCGUCGUGAGGCGUCGAUGUGAUAACGAUGUGUCAGCUCUGGGAGUUGCGACACACUGCUCCGCCGUAAGGCGUAGAGGUGACGUCAAUGCAUCGACUCCGGGAGUCGAUGCGACAAGCUGUGUGGACGGUUGCAAACGUCCAGCACUAAAGCUUGCGUGCUGUCGUGCAGCCGGGCUGUACGAAGCAGGGCGCGAUCAAGCCAGGCUUGAUGACCCGUGCCCGCGGGUACAAGAACCCGCCGGCGGUAUCAAGGAAUAUUCGUCCAUGGCCGGGCCUGGACGAAACGCAAGAGAAUAUGGGAUUCACAAGACAAAGCGACGGCGCAAGCACAAGACGCUGCGCAAGUCUCGAUCCGGGACCGAGACUCUUCAACGUAUGUCUGCCGGGCCGACACAAGAGCCGACAUACAGGAAGAUGGAGUGGGCGAACCCUCCGACUGAUACGUCGGAGUCGACCUCGCUUCCAGUCAUGGGCUGGAAGCGCUUCGCAAAGGACCUGUACGAUGGACGCAUCGAACAGCUAUGCAUUCUUUCGGACCGCGAAAGAAUGACAAGCAAAGCAGAGGAGUUGGGACAACUCUUCGCUGGAAGCGCCACGGAGAGUGAAGAUACUCUCAACGAAGAAGGAACGCUUCGAGGAGCAGAUCUAUUACGAGAUUCUGCGAGAGCACAGAGAUGGCUCCCGGAUGAGAUCGCUGCGGAGCUUCCGCAGGACAAGGGAAUACAGCACGAGAUUGAUCUCGUGCCGGGGACGAAGUAUUGCGUGACGCGGCAGCCGCCACUACCGCGGGAGCAAGUGAAGGCGAUCGACGACUUCUUCGAACGUCGUCGCAAGGCAGGACAAGUGCGAGAAUCAAAGUCUCCGCAUAGCGCACCAACGUUCUGUGUCAAGAAGCCACAGGGUGGCUGGCGGUGGUUGGCGCAUCGUUCAUGCACGCCGAUACCUCAAAAAGAUGUUAUCAUCGAUUCGAUGUCCAAGAGCACCAUCUACAGUGUCUACGGUGCUCUUGAUCUGAGAGACGGGUUCUGUCAGAUCCUUAUGCGUGAGAGCAAUAUCCCUCUCACGGCGGUAAGCACCACAAGCGGUGUGCUUUGGGAGUGGCUAGUUAUGCUGCAAGGACAGAAGAACGCCCCUGCAACCUUCAAUGGAUGCGUGACGCAUCUAUUGCGUUUGAUGCGCGACUUCGCACCGAGCUACUUCGACGAUGUCCGGUCUGUGAAGGAGAAGACGGACGUCGAUAUGCACAAGGAGCACCUCCGGGAACUGCUUGGGCUCAUGCGCAAGCACAAGCUCUAUGCGAACCUGAAGAAGAGCAUCUUCGGCGCGAGCGAGAUACCCGUGCUGAGGUGUCUCGUUGGGAAGAAUGGCGUACGCCCUGACCCCGAGAAGGUCAGAGUGAUCAAUGAAUGGCCUACGCCAUCCAACAUGAAAGAACUGCGGCAGUUUCUUGGCCUUGCCACCUACUUGUGCAAGUACGUGGACAACCACGCAGGCAAGAUUCGCCCGCUAUCGCAGCUUCUAAAGAAGGAAGCUGCGUGGGAAUGGACUGCUGAGUGUCAGCAGGCGUUCGAUGCAGUCAAGCUGGGCUUGACUGAAGCGCCGAUCUUGGCUGUGGCUGACCAAGAUCGUCCCUUUCACGUAGUGUGUGACGCAUCCGAUUUUGCGAUCGGAUGUGCGUUAAUGCAACUCGAUCACGAGGGCCGUGAUCGAGCCGUCUACUACCAGUCGCAUGAGCGAAACUACCCGGUACAUGACAAGGAACUCCUUGCCAUGAAGUACGCACUCGCGAAGUUCCGAGUGUAUUUACUCGGCAACACGCCGUUUAUGGUCUAUACGACCACGCGUCGUUACGGACGGCUGUGCAGUCUCCGCACAUCUCGCAACGAAUAG